CGCCGUCGACGCCAAAAAUGGAGCCCAAUCCCCCGCCGCCGCCCGCCGCCGCCACCGCAACCUACCGCCGCCGCGGCAAGCCCAAGCCCAAACCCAAGCGCAAGGCAGCCAAGCCCCCCUCGCCGUCCCCGCCGCCCAAGCGCCAGGCCCGGGACGACCCCCCGCACACGGGGCCACUCACCCGCCACUCGCCGCUCAACCCUGCGCCGGAGGAUGCACCGCCCCAGCUCCACGCCGGGGAGCGCGACCCGCCUCCGCGCGCCUGGAUAGAGCCCGCAAAGCUUCCGCCGGUGAGCGAGGAAGUCCAGGCCGUCCUGUCGCGCGGAGCCGGCGUCCACGUCGUCCCCUCCUUCGCAGGAUGGUUUUCAUGGAAGGAAAUCCACCAAAUUGAAAAGCAAGCAUUGCCUUCGUUUUUUGAUGGGAUAUCUUUACGGAGGACACCUGAGAUAUAUUUGGGAAUUAGAAAUUUUAUUAUGAAGAAAUUUCAUUCUAAUCCUCAAAUGCAUUUGGAGUUGAAGGAUUUGUCUGAGUUGUCAGAUGGGGAGAUGGAUGCUCAGUUGAAAGUCUUGGAGUUCUUGUCACACUGGGGUUUGAUCAAUUUCCACCCUUUUCCACCAGCUGUACAGGGGGUGAGUGAGCUGGUUGAGAGCAUAACAAAUGCUGAUACAGAAGAGAAAAUUUCUGUAGUGGAUAAAUUAUUUCAGUUUGAAACAUUGCAGUCAUAUCUCAUUCCUGCUCCUAACCAAGCAGAGGUGACAGCUCCGAUUCACACCCCGAGCUUGCUUUCUGAGCCUACUCUAACUGAAGAUUCGAUUACCCAAGCUGAGUCUUCUGUUGAGUACCACUGCAACUCUUGCUCAGUUGAUUGCUCAAGGAAGCGCUACCAUUGCAGAACUCAGGCAGACUUUGACUUGUGUUGUGACUGUUAUGACAAAGGAAAUUUGGAUGCAGGCAUGUCACAAACUGAUUUCAUCAUUAUGGAAUCUGCAGAAAUUCCAGGCUUUGGUGGUACUAGCUGGACUGACCAGGAGACCUUGCUUCUUUUGGAAGCUUUAGAAAUUUUCCAAGCAAAAUGGGGUGACAUUGCCGAGCAUGUUGCUACAAAAAGCAAAGCACAAUGCAUGCUACACUUCCUUAAAAUGCCAAUUAUGGACCCAUUUCUGCAUGAUGGAGAUGUUAAUGAAAUAUCUCAGGAAACUGCAGAGCAGGUCUCAGCAGAACAAGGUACUUCUCGUGUAACUGAGAAAAUGGAAGUAGAAGACAAAACAAAAGAAAUAAAAACUAAUGAUAGAAAAACUGCUGCAAAACCAAAAUUGAACUUGACAGAAACAGAAGUAAACCUAGACGACAAUGUUGUUGCAAAUAAUGAUACCAAGAGUUCAGGUGAUAUCAAUGUGGAUGUAUGUAGCAAUACUGGUGUAUCAAAUAGAUCUUCAGAUACCGAACCUACAAAGAAGGAAACUUCUGGGGAAAACACAUCAAACAUUGUUAAUGAUGUCCUGAAAUAUGCUUUUGAGGCUGUUGGUCACAUUCCAAAGAUAGAGGGCUUGGGUUCAUUUACUGAAGCAGGAAAUCCUGUCAUGGCACUGGUGGCAUUUCUAUCUGGCCUUGUGGAUCAUGACGAUGUUACUACGUUGUGCUGUAGUUCACUGAAAGCUAUAUCUGAUAUGUCUCCUGCUCUUCAACUGGCAACAAUGCAUUGUUUUAUUCUUCAGGAUCCACCAAAUGACCUCAAAGAUCCACCGGUCAGUAUAAGCUUUGCAAACACAGAUUGUGGGCAACAAAAAGACAAGGAUGCUACUUCAAAUCCAAGUGUUACUGACAAUGAUGACAAUUUAAAAGAAGAGUCUGCUUUAUCUGUGGAAGAGCCAAAUACCACAUCCACAUCAUCGAAAAACACCAGGAAAUUAUCUAAUGCGAAGGAAUCUAAGGAUGAAUCUCCCCAAGUGGAGCCCAAACCCAGUAGUGCCAACGAUUGUGACAAUCCAAUUUCUCAGGUGGCAAAGAGGGCUUCUGAUAAUAUAAGAGGACACAGUUCCACUGUGCUUCCUGUCAGUCUGAAUAAUACAAAUGAACCUUGUUCCAUAUCUUCCCAAGAGGCUAGUGCAGGAAACACAAAGGAUACAAGUCAUACAGAACACAUAGAAGGAGAUAAACCAAUUUAUGAGGAUCCACCAUUAGAAGGAAAGGUAGAGUUGAACAAGAUCGAACAUGAAGUCACUGACUUAUCUGCUGUACAGCAACAUGAGUCCAUCCAAACAAGUUUGAAGAAGGGCUACAUACAAGAUCAUAACAGUAUUAAGAAAACAGUUGCCGAUGAUGUCUCCGUACAAAGGCUACAGCGGGCAGCAGCCAGUGCUAUUUCAGCAGCUGCUGUGAAGUCGAAACUCCUUGCAAAGCAUGAGGAAUAUCAAAUCCAGCGACUAGCUGCACUUGUGAUUGAUAAACAGCUCCACAAGAUGCAAGCGAAAAUGUCAGUUUUCACUGAAGCAGAUAAUUUGGUCCUGCGAGCGAGAGAACACACCGAGAGAACUCGGAAGAAGCUUCUGAUGGAGAGGAGCGCGAUAAUCGCUUCUCGGAUGGCGGCAUUGCCACCCAGACCAAACCACCAACCUGGGAUGCCUGGGAGCAGAUUGCCGGUAGGGUAUGGUGUGAAUCAGCAUCUGAGGCGAUCUUGAGGCCUACUUCGCACGUGCUGAUGACCUAAUGUCCACCUUCCAAGAAGGAUAGAUAUAGACUGUAGGGCUGGCUUUUGUAGUUGUGCUAAUCCAGUAAUCCACCAUGACCAUGUGCAAUAUCCCAUGUUAGUAUGUUACAGGCUUAAUAUUUUGAAGCGUAAUAUUAUUGCCUCACCUAGCUUUUAGUUACCCCCUGGUAGUGUAGAACUGCUGUCACCUGGAAUGUAGUAUGUAUUAUAAUGGUUUCAAGAUCUAGGUUUUGGUGCUCCUGUCACCUUGUGCUUCUCA